UGUUGUUGUAGUUGUUGUGUGGCUGCGUGUCACAAUUGUUACCCUCUAAUCGCGAGCCGAAACGAUUUUCAAUAGAAAUCGUCAACGGCAACGAAAAUAUAAAGUUAAACUUAGCUGAUAUAAAGUCAACAUAAUAGUAGACAUGGCGGAGGAAGUCAUUGGCACAGUGAAAAAUGCAAUUAAAGGCAUACUGGAGAAUGUUAAUUCGAAUGCAAGUGCUAAUAAAAAUGAAACAAUUACAAACGAAAAGAAGCCAUCGACGCCGGAAGGUAUCGCCGUGGCGUAUGGCAGCCUGGUCAUAAUGGCCAUGCUGCCCAUUAUUUUUGGCUCCAUACGCUCCGUUAAGCUGCACAAACUGAAAAAGUCGACGGGCGAGAAGGCAGACACAAUGACCAAGAAGGAUGCCAUGUACUUUCCACUCAUCGCGUCAGUGGCGCUGUUUGGGCUGUACAUGUUCUUCCAGAUCUUUCAGAAGGUCCACAUCAACUUGUUGCUAACCGGCUACUUCUUUGUGCUGGGAGUUAUUGCGUUGGCCCACCUGCUCAGUCCAGUUAUCAACUCGCUAAUGCCAGCCGCUGUACCAAAAGUACCAUUCCACAUACACUUCACAAAGGGCGAAGGCAAACACAAAGAGGAUAUCAUCAACUACAAGUUCUCCACGCACGACAUCGUCUGCCUAAUCAUCUCUUCGGUCAUUGGGGUCUGGUAUCUACUGAAGAAACACUGGAUAGCCAACAAUAUGUUCGGUCUGGCCUUCGCCAUUAACGGCGUCGAGAUGUUGCAUUUGAAUAACUUUGUCACGGGCGUUAUAUUGUUAAGUGGACUGUUCUUCUACGACAUCUUCUGGGUGUUUGGUACCAAUGUCAUGGUCACAGUUGCCAAGAGCUUUGAGGCGCCUAUCAAGCUAGUUUUCCCACAGGACAUUCUUGAAAAUGGGUUUACUGCCUCGAACUUUGCCAUGCUGGGUCUGGGUGAUAUUGUCAUUCCGGGUAUCUUUAUUGCCCUGCUGCUUCGAUUCGAUGACAGCAAAAAGCGUAAGACGCGCAUCUAUUUCUAUUCCACGUUAGCUGCAUACUUCAUGGGUCUCAUGGCUACGAUCUUUGUGAUGCACGUCUUCAAGCAUGCACAGCCAGCGCUUCUCUAUUUAGUGCCCGCAUGCAUGGGUACCCCUUUGCUGGUGGCCCUGGUUAGAGGCGAGCUGAAGGUGCUCUUUGCCUAUGAAGACCAUCCUGAAGAGAAACCGGAAAAGAAAGAGAAAAAAGAGAAGGAUGAGAGCGGCAGCAGCAGCGGCAGCAGUAAGAAGAAAGAUUCCAAAAAGGCAAAAUAAUUCAUUUAAUGAAUUGCAAGUGCCGUUCUCUCUCCCGCUUCCCCUUUACAAAACCCGCUUACAAGUCUUCUAUUAUUAACUAGUAACAAGUAAUAAGCAAAUCAUAUAUUUUAUAUUUCGUGAUUGAGUUUCUUUAUUUAGCCUCUUAAGCUUUGUAUUUCUAUCAACCGUAAAAAGACGAUCUGACUGUUAAGAACUUAGGAUUAUUCCUUGACAAGGCACAACCACCAUUGCGUUCGAUUAGGCUUAAACGCUUAGAGAUCAUAGUUUGCAAAUCCUUUUAUUUGAACAAAAUCAAAAGUCCAUAAGUCUAUUAAAAUGAACUGUAACAAAAUUAAGUACACAUAAGAACAAUAAAAUAAAUUGAAAUAUUCCAAAUCAGCA